GCCCAGAUCAUGUUUUGCACUUUGAACACUCAUAAAGUUGAUAUGGACAAGCUCUUAGGUGCACAAAUUGGCCUUGAAGAUUUCAUAUUUGCCCAUGUGAAAGGACAGCGAAAAGAAGUGGAAGUUCUUAAAACUGAUGAUAUGCUGGGACUUACCAUUACAGACAAUGGAACUGGCUGUGCCUUUAUAAAGCGAAUCAAAGAAGGCAGCAUUAUGGACCAAACCAAAACUGUCUGUGUGGGUGAUCACAUAGAGACCAUAAACGGGAAAAAUGUGUCAGAGUGUCGGCAUUAUGAAGUUGCCAAAAUGCUAAAAGAUCUGGAGAAAGGUCAGAAGUUUAAGCUGGAGUUGGUAGAGCCUUUGAAAGCAUUUGAAAAGCUGGAGCCAAGGUCCAAAGUCAGAACUCUUUCAGAGGCUAAAAUCUCCAAAGGGAGAGAAACACUUCGCCUGAGAGCCAAAGGCCCUGCUACUGUGGAGGAGAUGCCAACUGAAGUUGAAGAAAAAGCAAUUAAAAAAGUGGAUGAGCUUCUUGAAACAUACAUGGGCAUAAGAGAUAUUGAAUUAGCUGCAACAAUUGUGGAAGCUGGAAGAGACAAGAAAAACCCAGAUGAGUUUGCUGUGGCCUUGGAUGAAACUCUUGGAGACUUUGCAUUUCCAGAUGAGUUUGUAUUUGAUGUGUGGGGAGCAAUAGGUGAUGCCAAGCAAGGACGACUGGAAUGAGAACUGUGCAGUUUAUCAACCCCUGUUUGGAAAUACAAAAUGAUUUGCAAAUACAUCAGAAUGUUACUAAUUUUGUUGAUGUGAAUUCAGACUGCUUUGCACAAGUAUUCUGACCUGAGAUUUUCCUUUGCAAAGGAAGGUUUCUAAUAGAAAUGAAGGUAAACCCAAACUUCUGACAACUGCAAUUUAAAACAUUUAAUUACACAUAGAAGUCACUGUGAGGAGAGUGUCAAGGUGAUAUAUUUAUUCAGAAAUUUUAUGAAAAUUAGGUAAUUUUUAUUGUACAUACACUUUGAUACCAAUAGUCUGAAAAGUUUUAGACAUAUGCAACUAGGAGUUUGGAUUAUUUUAUCUCUUUAGAGAGGUUUAUAAAGCUGUAGAGAAAGUACCUAGCUUCAUGCUGCAGUUCCCUGGUUUUCUGCUGUUUCUAUGUAUUAGCCUAGAGCCUUAUGUUUUCUUACAGUUUGGCCUGGACAUUGUUUUUACUGUAGGCAAAGCUGGGAAGAAGCUACCCUGUUUCUUUAGAACCAAUAUUCAGGGAAAAAAAAAUUCCUCUGAAACAUGAAAACUAAGAUCUUUGGAUGAGAAAGGCUUGCUUGCAUUUGAGUCAUAAUAUGCUCUGUCUGGGUUAUUACUGAGAUGAGUAGAAAUGCUUAAACCAGGAAGCUGCUGCUUUAUUCAGAUGCCAUAAUAUUGCAAUAGGAACUGCACAGAAAGAAAUAAAUGUUAAUUUUGAUUAAUAUUAAUGCAUUUGAAUAAUAUCUGGAGACUGCACUGGAGACUACAGUGUAUCACUAAGUGCUUAAUUGAUCUUUGCAUAUGCUAAAUGAUUUCUUGAGAUCCCAUGGAGUUCCCCUCUUGUCUGUGUGUUUUUUCAACAUGGCUACACAAGAGAGAUACUGAAGGUGUUAAAACCCAAAAGAUAUUAUUGUAAAGUCACAAAGAAUUGUAGUUUGGAUGACAGUGCAUGCCUAGACCUUGAAAAAUACGUUUAACUAAUCUUAGAUGUUAGGUUUUUCCAAUUAAAUUGUACAUAAAUGUUUAUUUUGACUACUAAUUUUUUACUUUUAAAUCUGAGAUUAUUGCAAAUGAAAUUGAAUGAGAAUGUGGGCUCUGGCCUGGGAAGGUGUCAUAUCUUUUUAGUAUUUUUAUAUUUGCAUAAGAAUAUAAAGUAAUAAUUACUACAAAGUUUUUUUCUAAAUCACUACCUGAAGAAAAUGUCUUUCACUGAAUUGCAGAGAUCUCUUUAAAAUAAAGAUUAUGCCAAUAAAUUUA